CUCUUUGUAUCACUAGCGCCAACUCUGAUUUGACCCGUCAAGGUCAUUUAGAUCUGAUCUUAGUUCGGCGUCGUAUAAAAGGUCGUUCUGCCGAGUACAUCACUAAAAGGUGACUCAGGCCAUUCAGUUGUUUAGUUACUUUAUUUAUUAAUGUUAUCGGUAACGGAAGCAUGAGUCCGAAAAUUCGUGACCAUAUGAGACUCUUCUUAUUGAGCGUUCUAAAUGAGGACCCUGGGCUGUUAUCGUAAGUUCUAUUUCCUGAAGUUUAUACGUUUUAUCCGAAGUUUAUGCACACUGAACGAACUAAUAUCUGUUUUUGUACAAGAAAUGAACAUUAGUCUGGAUGAGAAAGCAUGUGUAAAAUUAAAAAAUUCUAUAUGCUCUUUCUUUUGUGAUUUAAUAAAUGAAGAGGUAAAAUGGUUCUUCUUAUUUUGCAUGAAACACAGGGAACUAUAAAUGUGGAUCUUGAGAAUCAAAACUGUAUGCCAGUUAAAUGUACUCCUGCUGUAUCAGACAAUGGAAAACAUGUUGUAAUGCUUUCUCGUAAAGAAGUAAUCGCGCUAGCGGCUGCUACAGUUUCUGAUAAAACAAAUCCUGUAGUUUCAUUGUCGAAAGAUGGAGAGAGUAUCAGCCAGCGAAUCAAACAAUUACGUCAAACUCCGCUUCUUGCUGCUAGUAGAUCAAUUGUACGAGGUUGUACCAAUAACGAAGUCAAUAGUUCCGAUGCAUCAAUCUUACAGACAGCUCCUUUAAAAAAUGUUCAAAUUAUUCAUACAAUGCCUCACUCGGAGUCGAACCGGCGGACAGAAUCUGUUAGAAGUUCAACAGCAGCUAGAAUACCAACCACUGACAAUAAUAAUAAUAACAGUAGUAGUAUUAAUUCGACUAAGACAUUUAGUUCACCUAUUUUGUCUUCAUUUUUAUCUCAGUCUUCAUUAAAUGAUCGUCAACGUCAUAUAUCAGCUCCAUCAUCCUCAUCUUCAUCUUCAUCAUUAAACUCUGGUUCACAUCAGACUACUAUUGAUAAUCAUUUUAAACCACUAAACAAAACUCAGGCUAACAGGAACUUUGAUAAAGACAGUAACAACAUUCUUAUUAAAAGCAGUAACAUAUCCGAUUCAAAAAUGGGCAUAAUCGUUAAACGUCAAUUAAGUGAAGCUAUAGUACCACUUCGACCUUCUACAAAUGGGCUAUACGGGGAUAUAUAUGAAUAGGUAACUCUAUUAUCAUUAUUAUUAUUGUUUGUAUCAUCAAAUUUUGAUUGUGAACAAUUCAAACAGAUAUUUUGUACUAAUUUUCACCUUUGUUGAGCCUAGAUAACAAUAAAUGUCUAUAAUUGUACUGCAUUUCAUCCAAAUGCACUUUUUAUUAUCCAUCCAGUAAUACUAUUGGUUGAUAUAAGCAUUUCUGAUUUCCCUAUUUUCGUUGAUUCUUCUCACUAUUGAUCGGCAGUGUUUUUUUCUACCCGAAUUCUGUACAUAAUUUCUUAUUUUCUCCGUUUUUAAAUUUCAUUUUUUUUUGCAAUAGAUCGGAUUAAAUGUGUAUAAAUGUCUAUGUAUUAAAAGAAAAAUCAGAUUUUUGAAGUAUUAGUUUAUAUUAGUUCAUUUGUGUGUAUAUAUAUGUGUGUGACAGUGGCGUUGUGUUGUGUAGUUGACAUUCGCUUUAUCAGGCAGUAAGGUA